AUGAUAUUUCAAUGGUUUGACUAUACAAUUACAGCAACACAUUCAAUCUAUUUAUUGAUUGUACUUACAACAUUCUUUUGUUUUCUAUUAGGAACUCGUCGAGUAUUAAAAGGACCCAUAUGUUUCUUUUUUAUUUUAAUUGUUGUUAUUGAAUUAUUUUCUUAUAUAUUAUUACGAUAUUUUAUUCGUUUAUUAGAAUCAAUAUUUAUUCGACCAGCUGUAUUAAAUAAUGCUGAAAAUUAUGACGAAUGGUAUCAAUAUGCAUUUGAAACUGAUAAAUUACAUGGAAGAGAAAUAUGGAAAGGAAAUUCUGAAUCAAAAUAUUAUAAUGAUAAUUUAAUUCGAGUAUUGACUAAUGAUUUAAAAAUUUCUCGAAAAACAAAUGAUGUCGAAAAAAUUAUUAAAUUAUUACAUAUGUGUAUUAACAAAAGUAUGAAUGGAAUAUUAAAUGAACAUUUAUAUUCAAAAACUUUAGUUGGAACAAAAUAUGUUAUAGAAGAAUAUAUCGAAGAAAUUGUUACUAGUUUAAAAUAUUUAACAGAACAAGGUCAAUUACUUAAAAAUAAAAAUAUUUCAUCAUCAUCACCCAUUGAUAAUCUUGCAUAUUUAUCGAAUGUAACAACGGAAUUACUCGAUAUUAAUUAUUCUGAAUUAGAAAAUGAAUUCUCUGAUCAAAUAAAUAAUGAUAAUAAUUCUUCGAGAGAAAAUCUAUCGACUGAAUUUAUAUUACAAGCAUUAAAAGCAAUGAAAUCUCAUUAUGGUGUAACAGCAUUAUGUUUAUCUGGUGGUGCUGGAAUGGGUCAUUAUCAUUGGGGUGUUGUACAAGCACUUUUAUCUUCUGGUUAUUUACCAAAAAUAAUAAGUGGUACAAGUAGUGGAGCUGUUGUAGCGGCGGUUGUUUGUACAAGAUCAGAUGAAGAAUUACGAUCAGUAUUAAAACCCGAAGCAUUAUUAUUACGUUUGAAUUGUUUUGAUGUUUCUUGGAUAGAACGAAUUAAACGUUAUUUUAAAUAUCGUGCUAUGUUUAGUCGAGAUGUUUGGUUAGAUAAAUUACAAUGGUUUGGUGGAGCAGAUGAUGAAACAGGACAAAUUGGUUUAACUUUUAAAGAAGCAUAUGAAAAAACGGGUCGGAUAUUAAAUAUUACUGCAACAAAUGCACGAAAACAUUCUCCACCACUUUGCCUUAAUUAUCUAUCAACUCCACAUGUAACAAUUGCUUCAGCUGUAUUAGCUUCAGCAGCUGUACCUGGUUUAAUUCAUCCGGUUCAUUUAAUUGAGAAAAUAAUUGAUAAGAAUGGUCAAAUAACCUAUCGUCCUUUACAUAAUGAACGAUUACAAUAUCGAGAUGGAAGUUUUGAAAAUGAUAUACCGCUAAAUACUUUAUCAGAAGUAUUUGGUUGUAGUUAUUUUUUAGUUAGUCAAACAAAUCCACAUAUUAUACCAUUUUUUUUUCAUGCGCGUGGACAAGGUGGUCUACCGUCAGGUUGGCGUUUACGUGGAGGAGCAUAUCGUGGAGGAUUUUUAUUAGCAACUAUGGAAUUACUUUUAAAAGAAGAUAUGAAAAAAUAUUUACGAAUAUUAGCAAUGUUUGAUUUAUUACCUGCUGUUCUUGAACAAGAUUGGUCAUUUUUAUUUUUACAAGAAUUUCAAGGACAAAUAACUAUAGUACCACAUGCACGACUUAUUGACUAUUUUCGAUUGAUUAGUGAUAUUAAAGAUGUCAACGAAAUUUCACACUAUCUUCAAGAGGGAAAAUUGACAGCUUGGAGAAAGUUUAGUAUGAUUAAAAAUCGAGAAAAAAUUCGAUUAACGUUAGAAGAUUGUAUACAAACAUUAGACAAUAUAAUAUAA